AUGGUCAAGGCCAAGGCCAUGGAACGUGCGUGCGUGCGAGAGCUGGAUCUGAGCAACUGCGGCCAGACGUCGACUGCCCAGCGUGUCGGGGUCGUGCCGGGGUUGCGCAGCAGUGCAGCAUUCUUCAUUUUUCUGCGCGCCAAUCUCGCCCUGUCCCCGUCAGCACUCUCCUCCAGCCACAACACGCCAUAUUUGGAACCGUAUUGUCCUCAACCACGCCAAGUCCAACCGCCGUCGCCGGCUCCUCAAGCUGUUCCCAAUGAAACGCUCGCCCCUCUCGUUGAUAUCCCUCCCCUGUCGCUCGAUGCCCUCGAUACUCGAGAUGACAAGCUCGACGGCCUCCGCCUCGUCGCUGACUCAGUCUCCGAAAUGCGCCAUCACGCCCUCAAAGCCGUCGUCUUGCACCCGCUCUGUCUCGCUGCGGCCACAGCCGCAUACGUUGCCAUAUACCAAUUCGUUUACAUACCGAACAGGGACGCGAGUCGAGCUCUUAUGCUUGUCAGCGGCAUCACAAUGAUGUACAUGGCCGCCGUCCACGUCCUCGCACGCGGCUAUGACACGCUCGCAGAGAGGAUAAGCUGUGAGGGCUGGCUGCGCUCCGAUUUUGGUGGCGAAGACGACAUGGUUCUCGGCGCAAGAAUGGGAGAGGAACUCGUGGGCGCCGUCAUUGUGCGCCUCGAGCCGAAGCGGACGCCCGCCACCAGGCCCAGGCGCAAGAGCCGCAGCAGAAGCGCGAGUCUACGCGGCGGCAAAGGCGUCAUCCGAGCGUGGACAACGAAACCCGAGUGUCGCCGUCAAGGCAUCGGCAGAAAGUUACUCGACGAGGCGGUCCGUUUGGUCAGGGACAGAUGUGGAAAGGACGCGCAGGUUGGAUUUGCGUUCGAGCAUGCCAAUAGCACCAUGCUACUGCCGGCCAUGUUUAAGAAGCCGUUUCGAAAGGAUGAGGUGCGUGCUGCCAUGGCCUUGGAGGGUGCCGUGGCGGAUUGGAAUCCUGGUAGGAGGAAGAAGAGGUAA